GGCGGGCUGUGCUGUGCUUACCUUCUCUUGCCUUUCCGCUUUUGGCCCUCGUCGCCACCCGUCUCCGGCGCCGCGCGCUGCCUGUCCUGUCACCGCCGGUGACGUCGGGGGCCGAUCGGUCGACCGCGGCGCGCGCCAAAUUCGAAGUCGCGCGCGGCGGCGGUUAUUUCCGUUAGCGGGCUCGCGCGCCGGCGGCCGCGUUCCCUCUCCUCAGUGAACGGCCAUGGCCACCCCUCCCAAGCGCGGGCGGCAGGAGGGCGGCAGGAUCAAGAAGAUCGCUGUGGAAGGGAACAUCGCUGCAGGGAAAUCGACAUUUGUGAAUAUUCUCAAACAAGCUGCUGAGGAAUGGGAAGUUGUUCCUGAGCCUGUAGCUAGAUGGUGCAAUGUUCAGCAAAACUCUGAAGAGGAUUCUGAGGAGCUCACAGAAUCGCAGAAGAGUGGUGGAAAUGUGCUGCGGAUGAUGUAUGAGAAACCAGAAAGGUGGUCUUUCACUUUCCAGACAUACGCGUGUCUCAGCAGGAUCCGGGCUCAGCUCAGAUCACUAGAUGGCAAACUCAGGGAGGCAGAGAAUCCUGUGGUCUUCUUUGAGCGAUCUGUCUACAGUGAUAGGUAUAUCUUUGCAGCUAAUUUAUACGAAUCUGAUUGUAUGAAUGAAACUGAGUGGACUAUUUACCAGGACUGGCACGACUGGAUGAAUAAACAGUUUGGUCAAAGCCUAGCACUGGAUGGGAUCAUUUAUCUCAGAGCCACUCCUGAGAAAUGCUUAAACAGGAUUUACUUGCGUGGAAGGGAUGAAGAGCAAGAUAUUCCCAUUGAAUAUCUGGAGAAGCUUCACUACAAACAUGAAAGUUGGCUUCAGCAUAGGACACUGCGGAUGGAAGACGAGGCAGUACUGGAUAGAGGGGCUUCCUUCCUUAAACAUGUAUGUGAUGAAGAAGAAGUGGAAGGUCACCACACUAUUUAUAUUGGGGUCCAUGUACCGAAGAGCUACAGGAGAAGGAGGCGUCAUAGAAGAAGACCUGGGCACAAAGAAAAGAAAGAAAAGGAGAAAAUCUCUGAGAACUACUCUGACAAAUCAGAUGUAGAAAAUGCUGAUGAGACAAGCAGCAGCAUCCUUAAACCACUCAUCUCUCCUGCUGCUGAGCGCAUCCGCUUCAUCCUCGGAGAGGAAGAUGACAGCCCGGCACCCCCACAACUCUUCACGGAGCUGGAUGAGCUUCUGGCUGUCGAUGGACAAGAGAUGGAGUGGAAGGAGACUGCAAGGUGGAUCAAGUUUGAGGAGAAGGUAGAACAAGGUGGGGAACGAUGGAGCAAACCUCAUGUGGCCACCUUGUCCCUGCACAGUUUGUUUGAGUUAAGGACGUGCAUAGAGAAAGGCUCAAUAAUGCUAGAUAUCGAGGCUUCCACUCUCCCACAGGUAGUUGAAAUGAUUGUUGACAACCAGAUUGAGACAGGGCUUCUGAAAUCAGAACUGAAGGACAAAGUCACCUACACGCUGCUCCGGAAGCACCGGCACCAGACCAAGAAAUCCAACCUGCGCUCUCUGGCUGACAUCGGAAAGACCGUCUCCAGUGCAAGUAGGAUGUUUUCCAACCCCGAUAAUGGCAGCCCAGCCCUGACUCACAGAAACCUGACUUCCACCAGUCUGAAUGACAUCUCUGACAAGCCUGAGAAAGAUCAGCUGAAGAAUAAAUUCAUGAAGAAGCUGCCCCGUGAUGCAGAGGCCUCCAAUGUGCUGGUGGGGGAAGUGGACUUCCUGGAGAGUCCUUUCAUCGCCUUUGUCCGGCUGCAACAGGCAGUCAUGUUGGGUGCUCUGACUGAAGUCCCCGUACCGACUCGAUUUCUUUUCAUUCUACUGGGACCGAAGGGCAAAGCAAAGUCCUACCAUGAGAUCGGCCGAGCCAUUGCCACCCUGAUGUCAGAUGAGGUAUUCCACGACAUUGCCUAUAAAGCCAAGGACCGACAGGACCUGAUCGCUGGCAUCGAUGAGUUUCUGGAUGAAGUCAUUGUUCUUCCCCCUGGGGAAUGGGAUCCAGCCAUUAGGAUAGAGCCCCCCAAGUCUCUUCCUUCUUCUGAUAAAAGGAAAAACAUGUACUCCGGUGGAGAAAAUCUGCAGAUGAAUGGAGACACACCUCAUGAUGGAGGGCACGGCAGUGGCGGCCACGGGGACUGCGAGGAACUGCAGCGGACAGGCAGAUUCUGUGGUGGCUUGAUCAAAGACAUAAAGAGGAAAGCACCAUUCUUUGCCAGCGACUUCUAUGAUGCUUUAAAUAUUCAAGCCCUCUCAGCAAUUCUCUUCAUCUACCUGGCCACAGUGACCAACGCUAUCACUUUUGGAGGAUUGCUUGGUGAUGCUACAGAAAACAUGCAGGGCGUGUUGGAAAGCUUUCUGGGCACAGCAGUCACCGGCGCCAUAUUUUGCCUUUUUGCUGGUCAGCCACUCACAAUUCUGAGCAGCACAGGACCUGUCCUUGUCUUUGAACGGCUUCUCUUUAAUUUCAGCAAAGACAACGACUUUGACUACUUGGAGUUUCGUCUCUGGAUCGGCCUUUGGUCAGCCUUCCAGUGUCUCAUUCUCGUCGCUACUGAUGCCAGCUUCCUGGUCAAGUACUUUACCCGCUUCACUGAAGAAGGCUUUUCCUCCCUUAUCAGCUUCAUCUUCAUUUACGAUGCUUUCAAGAAGAUGAUCAAGCUGGCAGAUCAUUACCCCAUCAACUCAGAGUUCAAGGUGGACUAUAUCACACAUUACUCUUGUGCCUGUGAACCAUUAGAUCCAGUAAAUAGCUCGUUAUUUAACAGAACAACGGUGCCGUCAGCUGGUGAGCUGUUCUAUUCCUCUGCUGAGAUGUACAACACCACCAUUAACUGGUCAUCUCUGUCAACAAAAGAGUGCUUGAAAUACGGAGGGCAACUUGUGGGCAACAACUGUGACUACGUCCCUGACAUCACCCUCAUGUCUUUCAUCCUCUUCUUUGGCACUUACACCUGUUCCAUGGCCCUGAAGAAAUUCAAGACCAGUCGGUAUUUUCCAACCACUGCCCGGAAGCUCAUCAGUGACUUUGCCAUUAUCUUGUCCAUUUUGAUUUUCUGUGGAAUAGAUGCCCUGGUAGGUGUGGACACACCAAAGCUAAUUGUGCCAAGUGAAUUCAAGCCAACCAGUCCUGAGAGGGGUUGGUUUAUUCCCCCUUUUGGAGGGAACCCGUGGUGGGUGUACCUGGCAGCAGCCAUCCCUGCACUACUGGUGACUAUCCUUAUCUUCAUGGACCAGCAAAUCACAGCUGUCAUCGUCAACAGGAAGGAGCACAAGCUCAAGAAAGGUGCUGGAUAUCAUCUGGAUUUGUUCUGGGUGGCCAUUCUCAUGAUUGUGUGCUCCUUUAUGGGUCUGCCUUGGUAUGUUGCUGCUACUGUGAUCUCCAUUGCUCAUAUCGACAGCUUGAAGAUGGAGACGGAAACUUCGGCCCCUGGAGAACAGCCCAAGUUUCUAGGAGUGAGGGAGCAGAGAGUCACUGGAGUCAUCGUUUUCAUUUUGACUGGCGUGUCUGUCUUUAUGGCUCCCAUCCUAAAGUUCAUCCCCAUGCCUGUGCUCUACGGUGUCUUCCUCUACAUGGGUGUCGCUUCCCUCAACGGCGUACAGUUCAUGGACCGUCUGAAGCUGCUCUUGAUGCCUCUAAAACACCAGCCCGACUUUAUCUACCUGCGCCACGUCCCACUGCGCAGGGUUCAUCUCUUCACCUUCCUGCAGGUGGUGUGCCUGGCCCUCCUCUGGAUCCUAAAGUCAACUGUGGCUGCCAUCAUAUUCCCUGUCAUGAUCCUGGCACUCGUGGCAGUCAGAAAAGCCAUGGACUACCUCUUCUCCCAGCAUGACUUAAGCUUUCUUGACGAUGUCAUUCCGGAAAAGGACAAAAAAAAGAAAGAGGAUGAGAAGAAGAAGAAAAAGAAGAAGGGCAGUAUGGACAGUGACAAUGACGAUUCUGACUGCCCCUACUCAGAAAAAGUCCCAAGUAUUAAAAUACCAAUGGACAUCAUGGAGCAGGAACCUUUCCUAAGUGAUAGCAAACCUGCCGACAGAGAAAAAUCACCAACAUUCCUUGAACGCCAUACGUCGUGCUGAUACAAUUCCUUUCCUUCAGUCACACACCAUGCCAAGCCCUCCACGAACUCCAGUAAAAGUUGUGCCUCAAAUUAGAAUAGAACUUGAGCCUGAAGACAAUGGUUAUUUCUGGAGGUGCAAGGGAACAGAAACUACUUUGUAAUUUGUCUGUCUGUCGAAUCUUUUGUGGAAUUUAUUUUGUCACUAGCCAAAUAUUAAAACGCUCUCUGCUCCCCACCUGCAUAGGUAAACGAGAUGCCAGGGGCACUGGCAUUACUCUAGCUGAGAAUCAGUGUUUGUCUCUUUGUCUCUCUGUCCUCUGGCAGAACAAAGCCGACCUCCAGGCUAAUUCUGUCUUGCUUACACUGCUGGAAGAUGCUGGAAAGUGCUGCUAACACUAACUUUCUCUUAAAGGCUGUACUUGUAGUUAACACGGGAAGGAAAAGGAAAAGGUACUUCACUCCCAGCACAGACAAACCAUUGCCAUCCUUGUAGCAUGCGUUUUGAAAUGUCCCUUUCCUAUGCAAUUUUUUUUAAAGAAACACUUUAAUGGACUUAAUCCGUCAGGUACAUGGAAGAGUGUUAUUUUCCUAGAUUAUUUUGUUUAAAUUAUGGGGGCCUAACCUACGACUUUUUUUUGUCAAUUUUUUUAACCUUUUUUUAAUUACUGUAAAGAAAAAUGAAUUUUUCCUGCAGCAGGAAACGUAUAGUUAUGAGUAGUUCUACCUCUUAUUUCUAGAUGCCAGGCUUUCUGUAAAAAACAAAAAAAAUUGUACCAUAUGUAAUGUGAUUUUUACAACAAAAAACAAACCACGACACCACACCACAAUCACCAGGACAUGGCAUAGGGCUGGAUCAGUUUGAUUAACACCUUCUACUCUCAAGCAUCUGUUUUACUUAAGAUUAUGGUUUGUUGGGUUUUUUAUGGUUGUUGUUUCUUUUUAUUUUUAAUAAGUAAUCUGACUUCACUAUGAAGGAGAGGGGAUGUAACUUAAAUCUCUGUGAUCUGAGACGAGUCUUAAAUGUCACGGUGGUAAGCGAAGCAUCAUCCGUCGGCGGACAGAUGCUGAUUGUACUCAUGCUGUUGAUUCCAGACACCGUAUCCUUUGAAUCAUUGCUUUUGAAACCUGUGUGUGUAUGUGUGUGUGAAGACCCUGGGUGCGCUUCGGGCACCAUGAGGGCGUGAACGAGGAGAAAGGCAGCUGAAGACGCUCUGCUGAGAUGUGCCUCCCGCCACCCCCCAUCGCCGGGCUCACAGACAUCUGUGUCCUGCAGCUGUCUGCCAUCACCUACACAAUUUGCCCUAACUCUUGACUGCUCGGUCCCUGUCCCGUCCAUCUGACCGCGGCGACGCAUCUGUACCCAGCAGGCCAGGCGUGGGCACGCGUGGGCGAUUGGCUUGGCACCAAAUACCACCCCAGGAGAGGUGGUUUUCUCUCUGUAGCAUGUAUGCGCCUUGUGCAUGCACGUAAAUGUGCAUUUGGGAAACUUGGCUUCACCAAGACAUUUCUUUGAGGCAAUGUGAGGACUGCAGAUAACACACUUAAAGUGUCAUUAAAAAUGUUAAAAAACAAAAGAAGAAAAAAAAAAGCCCUUCUGUAAGGGCUAAUUCCCCAGUGGAGAAAGUCCCCUCGCAGAGGACGGACACGUCGCUGCUGCUUUCGUCCUUGCGAAACCAAAGGCCGUGUUGGUUAAGUAAACAGAAUUUCGUGAUGGUGCUGAGACCUUAUAUGCCAAAUUUUAGCAUCUGCUCACUCGUAGGAGCCAUAUCAGCAACAGGAGGUGCCGGAUAGGGCUCUUCUUUUUCUUUCCCAAAUGUGCAGUAGAAGCAGCUGGCCGCCUUAUUUCCCUGCUGCGGUGCUUUGGGUUGAGGGAUGAGCUGCUGGGGAUGGGAAGGUCUGAGCUCGCUCUGCGGCAGUCAGUGUGCAGGACGGCAGUGGGGCCAUAGAGGUGUCUGCACUGCAUGCACACCCCUCUGUACAUUCCCCUGCUCCUUCUCGAGGGCUCCCGCUUUCAGCUUCCAUGCAAUAUUGUGCUGACUCACAGACUCCCAAACCCGCUCUGGAAGGGCUGGGAAGAUGUUGGAAAGGGCCAGGAAAGGAGCUGCUCUGAUCCUUUCCGCUGCCAGUCCUGCUAGCCAGAGGACAGGUAACCUGAGAUGCGCAAUCCCUGCUCCAACCGACAGUUGCCAUCCCUUGGUGAACACAAGUCCCUGACUCCCAGAGGGGAAAUGGACUCACCUAUGGAGCAUGCAAGAGCCCAGACCUUUGGGUUGUGGGAAGCCUAGCAGCUGAUGGAGGAAAGAUCAGCACUGAGGAACAGAGAGAAGUGACUUCCCUGCUCCUGGCCUGCUGGCAUCUGGUGAUGGUUCUCCACAAAAAUGAGGUCUUCCACUUUAGAACGUUGUUAAAUGUACUUGAAAUGUAUUGACUGCUGACCUAUAUCUUUCUCUCUCUCCUUUUAAAAUUGUUAUUGUUUCUUUUAACCCAAGGAGCUGUUGUACAGAAGGUAGCGUGGCUGAAGGGAUGGGACAAAGUUUUCUGUAGCUUUCCAUGAAAAACACACACUUCUGGUGACAGGACCUGGAAAUGUUCCUUUCCUGGUGCCUGAAGCCAGCACUUCAUUAGCGAUUGUGUCUCUCUUGUUGGUUUUUCCUUUAAAAAACAAAGCAAAACCCAACCCAAAGAGAGGAAGCAAGAGCUCUGCUGGCUUUGGGUGUCAGCACAGGGUGGAGGGCCUCUGGGUGUCGCAAGGUCAGUUUCACCGCACUUCAUAGACCUUUGAAAAUAACUAAAAUGUCUUUUCAAUCAGAAUGGGGUAUUCUGUGGGAAAAGCCUGGCUGAGCACUGCUGGGAAGAGGUGUGGAGCCUGACUCAAAGCCCUCCAAAAUCAGAGGUAGCUGUCAAAAAAUGAACUCCCCAGAGCAAAACCAAGGCAGGUCCCCCUUCGGGGUGGGAGCACCACCCGCCUUGUCCCAGCCCCAGCAGCGUGGUGGCCCUCUGCCUCUGUAGCCCACACUUAUUUGUCAUCGUGGCAGAUACACCUUUGGGGUUUAUUUUGUUUGUUUUUGAAUCAACACGCACUUUCAGAUACUUUUAUUAUUGUUUUUAAUUCUUGUAAGGCUGUAUUGACUUUGGAGGAAACUUAAUGUAAAGUGAAGUGGAUCAAGAUGGUGGAACAAAAAGGAAAAAAGCAGAAAACAUUUCAAUAUAUUAAGUGAUUUUUUUUUUCCUGUAAUAUAAACCACAAAAUUCCUUAUCACAUUAUAGUAUUUUACAGUUUUAUGAAGCUUUCUAUUGUGACUUUUAUGGAAUCAAAAGAUGAAGAU